UUUGGAAGAGAGACACAGCUUCAUUUCAAAUAAAAAAAAUUCUUCGCUAAUUUUCCAGUUUUUACUGCUAAAAAAAUUACCACAAAAAUCGCGUGUACGUGUGUGCACUUUACGCAAAUUCGCAAAAAGUUUUACCGGAAAAAGAUGAAUUAUUGCCGAACGCGUGCAAAUUCAUAGGAGAGUAUCAAUUUUCUCAACAACAUGGCUGACGCGAAAUAUUUAAAAGAAGAUGACUAUUUGAACGUAUCCGAGGACACAUGCCACAUAAUUUACCAUCCGAGCUUGAACGUGAUCCUGCUGUUCACGAAAACGGGCGAUGUCAAGGUGCUCGACGUCAAUUCGGGCCUGAUUUUGCAUUCGUGCUCGUUACUUGUGGACAAUCAACUUCCGAAGGCGAAAUUCUUGCCGGAACAGGAAAAAGUCCUUUUUUGGAAUAACGCCACUUUGGGAUUGCGCGGCGACUACAAUGGCGUACUUUUGCUCGAUACAAUCCUCCAAACGCCGAUCACGCAAGCCGAUGACACGAUCCGUCUGGAGCUUUUGUUGUCGGAGGCGAUGUUAUUUUUGCAAAGUAUUCAAAGUCUCGAGCAGCAAGGCUUGGAAAAUACCGCCGAUGUCACGAACGAGCUCGUUCUAAAGAUCGAAGAAGCGCGUCAAAACAACAAAAAAGGCAUAAAAGCGCAGCGUUGGGAGACAAUUUGCCUCGAACUGCCGCAUUCGAGCUUAAAAAUGGUCGCCAGCAGCGUCGCUUUGACCCUAAAACGUCUCGGGCGACAAAUUCCAGCGCUCGCCAUCGCAUCGGCGAUCAACGAAAGACUGACGGAUCUCAUCGUAGGCGGCCGCGUUGUCGACAGCGACAACGUACAACGUUUCCACAUGUAUUCCGAGGCGGCGCGACGUCAAACUUUCGAGCAAUGGCCUCACAUGGACUACAAAUGGGCCCUGCCCGACCAAAUGGCGCAAGCGGGAUUCUACCAUCAGCCCGGCGAAAGUGGCGGGGAUCGUGCCAUGUGCUUCACGUGCAACGUUUGUCUCGUUUGCUGGGAAAAAACCGACGAACCGUGGAGCGAACAUGAACGCCACUCCCCAGAUUGCGCCUUCGUCAAAGGAGAAUACACGCAAAAUGUCCCGCUGACUGUGACUUAUGCCACAAAUCCCGCCGUCGCCACGAACCGCUUCACCAUCGUCUCGAAUGGCUGCCAAACGAACAUAAUUUGCACGGGAAAUCGCGUCGCCGAAGUAAAUGUGUGGAAUAUCGAGCGGCAAUCGCAAAAAGUGCACCAAUUUACGAUCGAUGCGCAACAAGCGAUCCAUGCGAAACUCAAUUUAACGAGUGGCAAACACGAUAUUGAGCUGACAGCGCUUGCCACGUAUUGCGGAAGCAGCACGAAAACCGCCUCGCCGCAGGGAACAUCCAAAAAACCCGUCGCCAUGUCGAGCAAAGCGAAGAUGUUGGCGUCGAAAAUCAUCGCUGGCGUCUCUGUGGUGCGUCAAAUCGACCAAGAAACCCCGGAAAUUGAGAAAAAAUUACUUUUAAUUAUUUAUCAGCUCAAGGAAAUGUCGCCGUCACCCACGACCAACAAUAAAAUCGACGCCACACAAAAUCCGAGCAAGAAAUCCUCCUCAUCCACGUUAAGUACGAUCGAGGAACGCUUCGAAGACGAUGAAUUUAUGAAAUUUUUGGCAAGCGAAACGGAUUUGCAGCAACUUCAGCUGCUCGAGGACUACAUAGAUAACAUCGAUAAUACCUCGUCCUCGGACAAAAUCGCCGAAAUCGCGUUAAAAAACCUAUUUUCGGCGGGAAAUUCGGUCUCGGGGACAUCUUCGACGCAAGGAACGUCAGACGACGCCAAGAACGACGACCAAAAAAUCAGCAAAUUAAAGGCUUUUAAUCACAUGUCGGGCGCCAAUGUCGAUAAAAUGGACAAAUGGGUGUGGAGUCAGACGGAUUCCUCAGCGACAAGUGGAAAUAAUAACAAUUCCUCGACUCCAACGGUGGAAAAUACGGAAAAAAGUCCCGCGGAAAAGGUUCUUUCGUCACAUUCCGUCGCUGCGGGUCAUCAAAUGACGUCAGUUCCCGUGCAAUUUGUCACUGUUGUGCCAUUCCUGUCGGACGACUACGAAAUUGACGAGAUAAUUCCGUCGUGCGAUGCGAAAUUCCUGCUCGUAGUGCUUCGGCGUUGCACCCAAUUCGAGGGAACAGCCUUCGCGGAUGACGUCAUGGACACAGAUUGUGUCGCCACGAAGGAUACGUCGCAUGUGCAGCUUAUUUUGUACUCCAUCGAGGACAACGGGAUGCUGGAUGAGGUGCCCGUUUGCGUUAGAAUUCUCGAGGAACGCGAUUCGCCGCUGGAAUUUUGCAUGUUGCCCAAGUACGAGGGGAAACGACGCGUUUUUGAGGGUCCCGACACGGAAAAUGGCAUUUUUGCGAUGACCUGUGUUGAUGGCAGCUUGAAAAUUAUCUCACUAUCGUCACUGAAGACCAUUUCGGAGGCGCGAGUUGACACGGGAAAUUUCGUCUCGGUCACUUACUGCAAGAGUCUCGAACGGAUUUGCGCUUGUACGGACAAGGGAUCGUUGCAUUUUUACUCUUUUUAUGAAUUUGAUGCGGAUUCGAGCGAUGAACGGGAUGACGAUGCGUGUAAUAUUUUGAAUGAGGCGCAGGGCAGGUGCAGCAAGUCGAAUAUUAUUUAUGACGCGAUGCCGUCGACGUCGAGUCAAGCGCCAGCGGGUGCGGCAGCGGCGAAGCAGGAAACGGAAUUGAUCGCGUACAAGAAUAAUUUGACGCUGAAUGAUCUGAAAGUGCUGUACUCGUUGACGCUUUUUGAGGAAUUGCCGUUGCCAUAUAAUGCCGAGGUGCCGGGUUGCUGGAGCGAAUUGAUUCAGGCGCAGAAGCAACGAAGGCAUCCGAAUCACUUGAGACCCGGAGAUGAUUCGAAUUUGACACGGACAUGGAGGUUGCAUAAUGAUGCAACGACUUGGGAUGAACAUCUCAUCGAAUUGAAUGUCCCGAAAUCCGUGACACAAACGAUCGGGCAUAUUGACUUCAAGUUCUCCUUAUAUCAACCGUGCACGAAUCCGCCAGCCAUUCAAGUUACGUUGCUGAAACAAAAGUCGUUGGGAAUUUGCUCGAGACGUAAAAUCGGUAGCAAAAUUGAUGAAACCGAAAUUGGUGGAUCAGGCUCCGAUAGUAAAGAAUCCUGCGAAAAUCCCGUUCUCAGCGAAGAGUUCCUUCAAGCACGCAGCGCCGACAUCCUCGUCGGUCCCAUCGAGCUGUCGUCGUGCAUGGAUCUCAGCGAGCAAGGAGGCGUCGUGACCCUAACUAGCCCCAAAUUGCUCAAAACCAAGGGACGCAACUUUUUGUUGCACAUCAAAACUGUCGCCGACAUGUCAAAAGAUGGUCAAGGCAAGACUCGAGUGCCUGUUAAAAGAAAAGGUUUAACAAGUAUCCUGUUAACAUCAUUUCAAAAUUCGAGCUCAGCACAAGCAUCAUCAUCGCAACCAGUUAAUUUUAUUGGAAAAGAUCGCAUCUCAUUUUAUUCAUCCAAGCCACGUACUAAUAACUUUUACACAGGUUGCGACUGGCUCCAUGAAAUCUCGAUCACCGUUCGUGCCGCGAAACACAUUCACAAGGUGCCGAACGAGCGAAUUCAGCGUCUCGUGAUGCUCGAAUCGAACCAAUUGCUGGACAAUUUACUUAAAAUCGUAGCGUGCGACGGCAAGCUGUUGAUGCAAAACCUCGCUUUCGACAUUUUGAACUGGAUCACCGUUAUCCGCCUCACACGAUAUCGUUCCCCGUUGCCGACAAUGUGCAAAUGGAGUGCGAAAAAUGCCGCCAAGAACGCCAACAGCGCCGCGCUAGACCCGAACGAGCAACAAAACGAGUGCGCCAUGAUUAUCGGCGACAAUUUACAGGAAUUGGUGAAAAAUUGCAUGGUUUUGAACGAUCGCAGUAUCGCCCAUAAGUGCUCCAAACUGAUUCUCGCGAGUCUGGAUGGCGCCCAAAACUUGCUGCAUGCCGAUAUUUGUCAAACGUUCGAGGAACGCCUCAAAAUGGCGAUUGUGAAUGCUUUGCCGCACAUUACGCGAUGCGAACAUGCGGGCGCUUUGCGUUGGUUCACGUUGUUGAUAUCGGGCACCUCGUCGCUGGACACGCAAAACGAAAUUUCCGAACAGAGCAUCAAACUUUUGGUCGAAAUUGCGGGCGAAAUGGUCACGCGGUACAAUCCGCACGGAUUAUUGCUGCGAUCUCGGUUCGGAUUGUACGGUUUGCCCUUCGAACCGGAGCUUUUUGACGCGGAAUUGCCAAAUUUGAGUAAAACUAGCAACUUGAUCUACACUUAUGUGCCGGCGACGAAGCCUGGCAUCCAAGUUGGCAACCAACCGAUGGAUCUCAAGAGUUUUUGUGUCUCCGAUGGGUCCGAAUUACGCGUUUUGCCCUUCCAACUGCGACGAAAAGGCAUCGGAAAUCACUUUAAAGGCGCUUUAGAGGUCGAACCCUUGCAUUUUGUGUGCACCGGAACGUCAGAAGCGACGCGUUUGGAAAAUACGGACUCCGCGAUGGUCCAAUCCGGUCACAUAAUCGACGACAUAAUGCUCGAAACCCCGAUAAAUACCGUCGAAAAUGCCGUUUCCAUGGCAAUUGGCGGCAAUUCGAAGAAAGAAACGGGCGACAAGGAGAAUUUAGACGACGACAUGAUGAAUAAUGUGAAAAAUAUUCUCGUUGAUAAGAUUUUUUAUUCGGCAAUUAAGAAGCACAAGUUGAAGGAAGACAUCAAGGAAGCUGCGAAAACGUUCGAUCUCGAGGUCUCGGUGCUGUCCGGGUACAAUGAGCCCGAAACGAAUGACGAAUGGGGACCGCCAGAGCCGAGGGUCGUUUUUUUGACAAAUAAUUCGGCUAAUAAUGAGAAUAGUGAGGCGAUUUUGGAAGAUACGACUGCGACAAGUGCAUCGCUGACGAAUAAAAUUCAGGAAUUCUUUGAGGAAACGAAUGCGAAUGAGGAUACGGCGUUCCAGUGGCACAAAAUAUUGAGUACGCCGCCGAAGCAGACAAUUGUCGUGGAUCGCAUGCAUUCGGGGGCGAGGCGUUAUGUCAUUUUGGACUUUGGACAACCGACGAUGUUGACUGAUUUGAUCAUUCCCGCAUACCCCGACUUGGCAUCAAUUUCCAUCGACAUUUGGUGCUUCGAAGAAGAAGCCGACAGCGUUCGUCUCGUCGUUUCGCAAGACAUUGGCAGCAAAUCGCUCGUUCUAAGUGACUUGCAACCUCCCCCAAUUUGUCGCUACUUGAAAAUCACCUUCACCGGGCGUUACGGCAUGACAGGCACUCGUUGCAAAAUCCCAAUGGGCGCCUUUUUCGGUCAUGUUGUCAUCGUAGAGAAAGAAGGUUACGCCGAUCCCGUGAUGAAAUACAUGAAAAACAAGAAAUCCAACACUGCGAUUCAGUUAAAAGUGCUUAACGCGCUAUUCGAAGACGUUCAUUGCCGUUAUUGCUUGUCCAGUAGCAAGUUAUCCGAGUACUUACAGCCGUUCCUUAACAACGAAACGUCAAAUAUGUCGCAUAUGCAGGCGUUUUUGAAUAAAAAUCGCGAAACGGACGACACAAAUCAGGGUUAUGCGAAAAUUUAUGCGACUUAUGAGGAGUGCAUCUACUUCCAGUACCAGCUAAAUUUGAUUAAACGCGUAAUUGAUCGAAUUGAGUCAAUUUCGGUGAAUCCGGUGCCCCCGAAAAUGGAAAUAAAUGACGUUUCGUCGUUGUGCACGGACAAAUUGCGCGUUUUAAGCGAAAGUUUGAUCGAAAUUUUGCUGCAUUGCAUCAUCAGUAAUGGAAAUAAUGCGAUGAACGAUGCCACGUUGACGCUGCUGAUGAAUCAAAACGUUUGUUCCUUGCUGUUUGAGACGAUAAUCAUCUCGGGAGACACCCACACGCAAUUGGCGACGUGUUCAUUGCUCGUCCGUCUCUGCGGAUCGCAACCAUGGUGGGGCGAUUUCAUGGCAAGCUGCUUCAACAAGUUAUUUUCCAGCAAAAAUACGCAAAUUUUCCCGCAAGAUCGAAUUUUCUUCCUGCUGACGUAUCUCGGGCGCAAAAGUAUCUCGAUGGGCGUUUCACGAACGCGCGUCAUCGAUUCCAUUCUCAAGGCAAUCGCCCAACUUCUCGUUCCGCUGUCGACUUCCGUCGAUGCUGGACUCGGAAUUUGGCCAAAUACGGAUCUCACGCAGCUCAGUUGGCUGUUGCUCUUUUUGUCCGUUUGCUCUGACGAUGGGAACGAGAAAAAAGACACCGCCACCUAUCGGUGGGAUUUUAUGUCAGGCGAAGGCGACAUGGCAAAGUCACGGCUUUCGAUGUGCAACAAUAACGCAAGGACCUUUUCGAGAUCGUUUAAAAAGCGAUACAUUCAGAACAAAACUGCGUCAACGAGUCACUUGCCCGAGAAAUAUUACAUCUCGGAUGCGCUGAAUCUCGUUGGGAAUGGCGACAUGUUGACGAUCAAGCAGCAAGCGGAUCACUUGGUCAAGCUGAAGAACUCGAUGAAGGGCAAAUUGCAGUCUUUCGGGGAUUAUUUCAAUGAAAUUACGACGAAGAAACAGCUGAGGGCGCAAGCUGAGUCGUCACGGGCUUUUCAAAGUACUUCGACGCAAAGCUCGAAUGACGUGCCAGUGGAUACAGACACCGUUUUUGAUAAAGGACUCAAGACGAUUAAGACGCAGAAUAUUAUUGUCGUUAUUCGGGGAUUGAUUGGAUUGAUUUUGAAUAUGGAUUUUACGUGCAACAUGGAUUUGUUCCUUUUGACGUGCAAGAUUAUCGCUCGUUUGGUCAUCGCAUGUCGUCCUUCCAUUCAAUUAACCAAAAUCAUCACUGGAAAUCAAUUGCUCCAACUUCUCCGCAUUGCCGUAUGGGAAAAUCAGCAACAACCAUGGGCCGUACAUGCGAUUUCUUGCUUGCUCCAAGACAUUUUAGACGCCGACAAGAACUACAAAAAUGCCGAACUCGAAGACGAAGGCAUGGAAGUUGAUGCUGCCUUUGAACGGGACUCGGAUAUCGCUCUCGGAGGCAGUCAAGACGCUUGUAGCAGCAAUUCUUCGGCAGGAUCGUCAUCUGCCGCGCACUCAAGUAGCAUUCAAGUGUCAUCGAGUGGCAUGGAUAUGAGCAGCAAUAGUGCCGAUUCGAUAUUCAAACCUAUACAAUUUCAUAAUCCGCCGCCGCCAGCGACUUAUACGACGACUUCGUAUGCUGACGCAGUCAAGGGCAAAUUACCUUGUUUGAUGGAAUGCGAAGACGCCGAAAUGGACGAACUUCUCGAUAACUUGCUGGAACGCGAAAAAACUCGCAACAAAAAAGAAUCUGGCGUCUCACAAGCGCAACGUGCUCAAAACGGAUCUGGACUAACAAUUCUUUAUCGUUCAGUUUCUUCCGCCAUGGAUGCUCGGCUCGAACACGGUUUAGACAUGGCAACAGAAAUCGCUCUUCGUCGCCUUACGAUGCGCUCUUCUGUCACCCUCUUCGCUUGUUUACCGCAAAAUUUGUCGCAAUCCCCGAACGCAUCGCCAAUGGAGCCGGAAUCAUGGUCUCCUGACUUACUUGAUUCAUGGUCGAGUCCCGAAUACAAUUCACGCAUCGAAACAAACGCGAUGCUCGUGGAAGCCUUCGACAACAUCUUCUACGACUUGAAUCUGAAAGAAACGUGGUUAGAUUUGGAGAAAAUAAUGCAAUUAUGGCUGACGCUAAAUGGAGAAAUGGUCGAACAAGCAAACGGAAAUGGCUUCGGACAUAAUGCGUACAAACCGAAGAUUGCGUUCGGCGAGCGCGCCAUGAGCGGUUUACUCAAAACGCUCGCUACGAGUCCAAUUAUCAAACUGCGCACGUGGUGUCUUGGUUUCCAGUGUCUCAUAAUGGCUUGCAAACCGCCCGUUGAUCUGCUGGACAGCAAUUCGACGCAAGAAAAGGUUUGUCGUCGCAUGGGACAACUUCUCACGGAAGACCCGAACUUCGAACAAGUUCUUUUGCGUUUCUUCUCGGGCACUGAUCGAUGCGCUUCCUCCAUCGAAAAUAGUCGAUAUGCUGGUCCGACAAUUUGUAAGCUACUUGUUGAGCUAUUUGGCUGCAUUUCGAGCAAAUGUAGCUGCAAACAGCAAUUAAAAGAGAUUUUAUUACGUGUCACGAUGAAUUUAGUGCAACCGAAUGGCGCAAUUGCCAUGCAGCAAGGUCCCAUCGAUGCUCAAAGUCAACUCGUGAAGGAAUUAUUGAAAUACACUUUCGACAAAAACGAUUUAGGUGUCGCCAUGAACCUGCUACAACACAUUUCUCAACUCGUUUACACAAACAUCGCCAACGAGGAACGAAUUUACUGCAAAAAAUCGUCGGAAACGAGUAGCAAUAACAACGUCUUCGGCAGUUUGUUUGCCACAGUGCUCGGCUCCGAGAGUUCGCGUCAUUGCAAAACUGUCACUGACAACACGCUGCACGUUAGUUUGCUAAAACUCUCGUUAAUUCUCAUCAAAACGAAGAUUCCGCGUACGGAAGAGACCUCUAGCGGUAGCGAAGAUCAAAUCAUGUCGGAUGCGGAUCCCAACGAAAGUCAAACCGACGAAAGCAAAGCUGAACAACAAAAAAUUCCCUGCUUCGCUGAUACAAUUUUACAACAUCCGCCAACGAUGAACCGACUUUUGAGCUCGUUAUCGGCUUGCAGUAAUUCAUCGUUCGCCAUGUUGGUUGCGUCGUCACUUUACACAUCGUGUUCCAGCGAAAGUAAGAACGCCAUCAGUGAGCCGCAGAAUGUAGCCGAUGCCGUAUUUCAACUUUUGAUCGCUUUGACUAAAACGGCUACGCAGCAGCGGUUUGUGGUGAAGCCUUUGUACGAUUUUUUGAGUUCUGCAGCGAAUCAAGCUUAUGCUUUGCCCAAAUUGCAACUUUCUGAGCCAUUUUUGUGGUUUAUUUUGAAGGUGCUUGAAACAUCAGAGUCUGUGCAGACUUUUGCUGAGCUCGGCGGGAUUCGGGUUUUGUGUCAAAGUCUCGUGAGAAGCAACAGAACGCUAAUUAACACUCAACCAAGUCUCGUUUCGAUGAUAAUGCAGCACAUUUCCCGCACCUCGGGCAGUUUACAGUCAAAUUUGACGGGAACAAUCAAAAAAUCCAACAUCCCAGCGGCUAAAAACGAAGAAGGAUUGAUAAAUUUCGCGCCAUAUUGCACAAUUUCGAGCGACAAUCCAACCGCUCAACCUGCUGAUGUUUUAAUUCAGAAUCCGAUCGCAUCGCAUCGACGUGCGAGAACGCCCGCAUGGAGUUAUCUCUUCUAUCCGAAUGAAAGCCACGUGGAUUUGACGAUCACGCUACCGGCAGCCAUUUUGUUGAAGGAAAUCCAGUUACAACCUCACGUUUCGACAUUGGCGUCAUGCCCAUCAGCUGUCGCUGUGGAAAUUACGCGCGAUAACAACGUUGGCCCGAUCCCGAUCAGUCAACCAAUUGCCACGAUCGGCAUGACGUGUAUCCGUUUGAAGUUCAAUCAACCUGAAAUUGCCACAAGUGUCGUUAUUCGGCUUUAUCGACCCACGGAUAGUACUAACAUCGGUUUGACGCAAAUUUUGGUACUCGGAUCGACGACUUUUAGCGAAAACUCGACGCCGAAAGAGGUUCCCGGCAUGGAUGAGGAAAUUCAUUCAAAAUCAAGUCUCGGUUGGCUGAGAAUUUUGGCGCAAUGUUUCAACGUGGCGACAUUUAACGCCCCCGCUGAAGAGGAAAAUCUCGUUAUUUCGCAAGGAGCCGAAGUUAAUGGCUUCUUAGAAGCUUGUGUUUCAUUGCUGAGUGUUCCUUGUCCGAAUCCGAAUUACGCACUGUCGAAUUUAGAAACUGUUUUGCUGAAAUUAGGACUUUAUAGUCGCGAAUUAGGCCUGCAGCUGAUCGAUAACUUGCUAAGACAGGCAAUUCCGCAGAGUUUGAAGCACAAUAAUGAUGCCGUUUCCGAUCUCUUGUACAUUUUGUGCACGACGCAGGACAAUUACACGCGAGAUCGGAUCGAAACAAUGCUACGCUGGGUCGAAGGAAUGUACCAACAUGACAGAUUCGCCUUCCCUGAACCAGUUUCGGGGCAUGUCAAGUGUUUGGCGUCGGUACUAUGGCAAGCGUAUGCUGUGACGUUAGUGCCCGACUUGCCAAAUAUGAUCACAAAAAGUCUGUUUGAGUCGCUCUACAAAUGGCGACUCGCUUUGGAGACAGAUGCGCCCAUGCAAAAAGCUAUUGACGCCAUGUUGUGUAGUAUUUGUUGCAUCCGCCCGGAAAUGUUUACGAUUUUGUUGCGUCGCAUGGGGGUUCUCGUGCCAAAUUUGUCGAAUGACUUGAGUGCCUCGAUCUCAGAUGAUCGAAAAGAAGAUGCGGAACCAAUGUCGGAAGAUACGAACGAAGAAUGGUACAGUCACUUGAGCAUCGAGGAUCUGUCAAAGUUGAAUUUGACAUCGCCACAGCUCAAUACGAUUGCUUUGGCUUGUCAAAGCCCGUUGGCGAUUCAAUUGCUCAUCGACUCAGGUCUGCCAUCGUUAUUCGCAUCAGCAAUUCUGGAGUUUUGUCAUCGCGAAAUGAGUAAAAAUGCGAAAGAAGUCGAAAUUGAGCCGGAAUGUUUGACAGAUUCGGCUAAAGACUCAGCAAACCGCUUGAAUUCGAACAAGGGACAAGUCUAUCCGAUGGUAAAUGUCAUCAAAAUAACGGAAAUUUUGAAUUUCUUUGCGGAAAUUUGCGCUGAAGGCACGAUGCGUGACUGGCUCGGCUCCUACGAAGGCUCAGUCUUCUGGGAACCGCUCCUGAAUCUCUUGUGCAACAGCAAAAUCUACUCCGGAACCAAUUCUGAGCAUUGUUCUGUGAUAACGCCGCAGCCAUAUUUGAAACUAGAAGAAGCUGUCAUCAAAUUUAUGUCUCGCGUAACUUCUUGUCAUCCGAAAAAUCAAGAAACUUUCACAAGUAACCUCAUUUUUGUCAUUCGAAAAGCAGAAAAGGCGGGAAAUAGUAAUCAAAAUAAUGGCGGGAACUCCUAUAAGAAUAGCAUUUCGGGAUUCACGAGACGAUUAGUUCUACAAAUCUUGCUGGAAAGUGAGAAAAUCCUCGUUUCCGUGAGAAGUGAACUUCCGUUGCAGAAAAAGGAACAAAGUGGUCAACUCAUAAGUCAUCAUCCAUCGAAACGACCAAAUUCGCAUCAUUUAUUGUUCUAUUUGAGCACAAAUGUCAAAUGUCACGAAGUGCUCGAGCAAUGUGGGAGCGUUUAUAGCAAUUUACUGCCCAGCAUGCCAACGUUCGAUCGCGCUGGGAACGAAGCCGGCGGUAAUUCGAGCGGUUUGUCGUCAGUUCGUGAGUCGCGUAAGGAACUUUUCGAAAUUGGGCUUGGCAUGGGACUCGGAAUGGAGUUCUUAAGUGUUGCUGCUGGCGUGACAGCGAAGGAUAAACGACUGAAAGAGGCGAAAAAUCAAGCGGCGACAUUAAAGAAGGAUCUUUUCUCGGUGUUCAAGAUGAAAAUCGACGAUUCAAAGUCAAUGUCGCAAAUUUCCGAUUUUGGUCAGCUGGUUCAUAAUGCCUGCCCUGAUUUUAUUCUCUCGAAUGACACGACAAUUUCGCAAAUUUUGGCAAUGUUGAAAGCUAAUAACAUUUCGCUGUCGACUCCUUGCAUCAAUUUGACCUUGGUUCAAGGACGAAAGACGCCGCCAUGUUUGGAUGAAAUAAUGCGCGCCGACGACGACACGCCCCCUAUGAAAGCAGCUGAUUUUGUGCCCCUCCCCUCGCCAUUGCAGAUCUUUUCGGCACGCGGGGGACUUUCAUUGCUCGCUCAUUAUCUCCCAACGGUUUAUCCGGAAACGCCAAAGUCUCAAAUUGCCCCGAUGGAUAAGGAAAAGUCGUGCAUGCAUCAAACGAACGACUGGGUAAAAGUCGAGCCGAACGAGGAAAUUUACGAAGAUCUUGACGAUACGUUGACCGAGUCGUCGUCAAAGUUGCCGGUGAUAACGUCGGUGCCGCAACACUCGUUAGCGGCUUUUGGACUGUUCCUGAAGCUGCCGGCUUAUUCGGAGGUUUUGUUGAGAGAUAAAAUUAAGGCGCAAUGUUUGUUAAGGUUGAUUCUUGGCGUCACGGGAGACGGAGAAGGGAAUGAGAUUUACAGUUUGGCACUUUCGUCGUCGUUGCCCACGUUGCCGUUCGAGGUUUUUAGACAGCUGUUGGAUUCGUCGCCACUGACGACAGAUGAUGGGGUCUUGCUUAGACGAAUGGUGAUUGAAGUUGGAGCAAUUCAUCUCGUUCUCAAUUGUUUGGGCAUUUUUACGCAUCAUACGAGCCAAAGUUAUCAAGUUCCUGGAACGCAAGAGCUUCAACCGAAUGUCAAAACUGCCUCAAGUUCAAUAGAAGAGCCCGUUCCGUCAUUGUCAGACGAUAAAGGGCACAUGUAUUGGGCAAAGGGAACAGGAUUUGGUACAGGAUCGACGCAGCAAUCGUGGAAUGUGGAACAAGCGUUAUUGCGGCAAAAGAGCGAGGAAGAGCAUGUGACGGUUUUGUUGCAGGUACUUUCGAGCUACAUCAACCCCGGUGACAAAGUUCCAAGCAGCUUUACGGACGAAUCUGAGAUCAAUUAUCGCGAACGAGACGAGUUACUGCCCGAAUUGCCGCCGAUUUUUCUGGAUUUAUUGCAGCAAUCGUGUUUGAUAGCCGCUUUGAGCUCCUAUUUGAGGAAUGAUUCAGUUUUGGACAUCACACGCCAUAUUCCCCUGUACCGUGCUAUUUUGCAGCUCUUGCGGGCCGUUUCGUUAUCUAAUCAGUUGGUUUCGCUCUUGUUAAUGCGUCAAAAUGGCGAAAAUCGUACUUCAAUCGCUACUUUACUCUCCAAUAUGAAGUGCUGUGUCGAUACUUAUGCGAGUCGAUUGAGGAUCAAAUCGAAGACAAAGACAUCAAAAGCGGGUUUGACGACAAUUACUUUGGAUGACGGCGAAGAUGAGGGACUGGCAUUGCUUAUUCCAGACAUUCAGGAGACUUAUAUGUUGGUGCAAAAUGCCACGAGUUCGGAUAUGUCGAUGCAGGAGGAGCAGGAACAAAUUCAAUCAAUUGAGCGCCCUUCGAUGCAAUCGAUCGAGGAGAAAUAUCUCGAGCUCAUGAAGAAGUUGCAAUUCGAUACAUUUGAGAUGAUUGCCGAAAGUGACAACGGCUUCAAAUUCACCAUUUCCCAUCAUUUUGAGACAAAUGUACGAAUGGCGGGCGAUCGUGGGCAUCCGGCACGCGUCAAACGCUUAGCACAGGAAACCGUUACCUUAUCAACUAGUUUGCCACUUUCAUACAGUAGCUCUGUAUUUGUACGCUGUGAUACUGAUAGACUGGACAUUAUGAAGGUAUUAAUAACCGGACCAGCUGACACGCCAUACGCCAAUGGCUGCUUCGAGUUCGAUGUCUAUUUUCCACCUGACUAUCCAAAUUCGCCGAUGAUGAUAAAUUUGGAAACAACUGGCCGGAAUUCCGUCAGAUUCAAUCCGAAUUUGUACAAUGACGGCAAAGUGUGUUUAUCUGUGCUGAAUACGUGGCACGGGAGACCCGAGGAAAAAUGGAAUGCACAAACGUCGAGUUUCUUGCAAGUGUUAGUCUCUAUCCAAAGUUUGAUAUUAGUGGGUGAACCAUACUUUAAUGAACCUGGAUUUGAAAGAAGUCGAGGAACGCCAGCUGCCACUCAUAGUUCGAAAGAGUACAAUAGCAACAUUUAUCAGGCGACAGUUCGAUGGGCGAUGUUAGAACAGCUGAAAAAUCCAUGCCCGUGCUUCAAAGAAGUGAUUCACACUCAUUUCUGGCUGAAGCGCAACGAAAUCUGCACGCAAAUCGAAAACUGGAUCGCCGAACUGAGCAAGCCGCAGUACAGCGAACGCAACGGUCGUACAAUUUCCUUCAAUUCCAUGGUGCUUCGUCGUAAUUACCGUCAAUUACGCGAGGAACUUGCCAAAUUACCGCCUCCUCCGGGUCUCGAAGAGAUGAACAACCCGUUCAGCAUGGCAGCAACGACUCCCACAACGCCCUCAAAUAGCGCCACAGCGAGCGGCAGCACAAGCAUGAGUCACAGCCAGCAAAUGUCCGACAUGGAUUUCAUCAAUACGACAAGCACGUCGCCCAAAAUGGAUUGUCUCGAGGACGAAAAUGCCUCGGUGUCGAGUACGUUGCUCAACGAUGCCCUGUCGCAGCACGUUCUCUUCAAUAAUGUCGCCGCAACGACAAAAACUAACGCCACUGUGGACGAAGAUGGCGCCAGCAACGAAAGCGGCAACAAUAAUCAGCAUCACAUGGGUCAGGGAAGCAGCGGAGAAAGUAGCACGUCGAGUAGCAAAGAGCAAAUUACCACUUCCGAAAUGAUCUGCAAGGUCAUGGAGAACCAGAUGAAGGACCUGAAUCAACUCGAUAAUCUGUUUGCAUUCGAGGAUGCCGACUGUAGCGAAUGAUUAAUAUAAAAAAUUAUGUGAAAAAUGGACUGUGUCUCCCGAAAAAACUUUAAUUUUCUCACAAAACAAACCCCUUUAUUACUACCUACUAAUUAUUAUAAUUAUAUUGCACACGAACCGAAUGUAGAUCGCUAGUGUUAAGUUCAAAACAAACAAAAAAAUGUAUGAUAAUCGUAUAAAAAUACCAAAAAAGGGCAAAUAGUAUGAAUUACAAACAAAAAAAUAAUAAAUUAUAAUUUAAAACGAAUAAAGAAAGAACGUCCUUGAAGAAUUUCCUUACUUUCCUUAAAUUUAAACUAUAAUUAUUAUUAUUACAUAUUCCGACCACCCUCAAAAGUUAGUCACGUAAAGAUAUUUCUUUUAUAUCUGAACAAAAAAAAUCAAUGUGAAGCAUUAGUUUUUAAACAAGCUUAAUUUAAUAAUCGCGAUAAAAAAAAUUAACUUCAAAAAUAAAAAAAAAAUAAUUUUAAGCUGUGUUUAAAAAGC